UCUCCCGCCGCUGGGGCCGGGCGGCUGUCAGCGCUGGUUCGUUUUCGCGUUCGGGGGCUUGCAGGUGACCAGGAUGCAGUUUUCCGGAGGAAUGCGUAGGAAGCUGAGGUUGGCAGGUGACCAGAAGAGCGCUUGUUACCCUCACAGCCUUCAGUUCUACUUGCAGCCGCCUUCUGAGAACAUAUCUCUGAUAGAGUUUGAAAGCUUGGCUAUUGACAGACUUAAAUUGCUAAAAACAGUUGAAAAUCUUGGUGUGAGCUAUGUGAAAGGGACGGAGCAAUACCAGAGUAAGUUGGAGAAUGAGAUUCGAAGACUCAAGUUUUCCUUCAGAGAAAACUUAGAAGAUGAAUAUGAACCACGAAGAAAAGAUCAUAUUUCCCAUUUUAUACUUCGCCUUGCUUACUGUCAGUCUGAAGAUCUUAGACGAUGGUUCAUUCAACAAGAGAUGGAUCUCCUUCGAUUUCGAUUCAGUAUUUUACCCAAGGACAAAAUUCAAAAUUUCUUAAAGGACAGCCAUUUGCAAUUUGAGGCUAUAAGUGAUGAAGAGAAGAACUUUCGAGAACAAGAGAUUAUUGCCUCGUCACCAAGUUUAAGUGGGGUUAAGUAUGAACAGGAGUCAGUGUACAAGAUCCCUUUUGCUGAUGCUCUGGAUUUGUUCCGGGGAAGGAAGGUCUAUUUGGAGGGCGGCUUUGCCUACGUACCACUGAAGGACAUUGUGGCCAUUGUCCUCAACGAAUUUAGAGCCAAACUCUCCAAGGCUUUGGCAUUAACAGCUAGGUCCUUGCCCGCUGUGCAGUCAGAUGAGAGACUUCAGCCUCUGCUCAGCCACCUCAGCCAUUCUUAUACUGGCCAAGAUUAUAGCACACAGAGAAACACUGGGAAGAUUUCUUUAGAUCAGAUUGAUUCGCUUUCUGCCAAGUCCUUCCCCCCUUGCAUGCGCCAGCUGCACAAAGCCUUGCGUGAGAAUCACCACCUCCGUCAUGGGGGCCGGAUGCAGUAUGGCCUCUUCCUGAAAGGCAUUGGCUUGACGCUGGAACAGGCCUUGCAGUUCUGGAAGCAGGAAUUUAUCAGAGGAAAGAUGGAUCCAGAUAAGUUUGAUAAAGGAUACUCUUACAAUAUCCGUCACAGCUUUGGAAAGGAAGGCAAGAGGACGGACUAUACGCCUUUCAGUUGCCUGAAGAUUAUCCUGACCAACCCACCAGGCCAAGGGGAUUAUCACGGGUGCCCAUUCCGUCACAGUGACCCAGAGCUGCUGAAGCAGAAGUUGCAGUCUUACAAGAUCUCUCCCGGAGGGAUAAGCCAGAUUUUGGAUUUAGUAAAGGGGACACAUUACCAGGUAGCCUGUCAGAAGUACUUCGAGAUGACACAUAAUGUGGAUGAUUGCGGCUUUUCUUUGAAUCAUCCGAAUCAGUUCUUUUUAGAGAGCCAGCGGCUGCUAACUGGUGGUAAAGACAUCAAGAAGGAAUCCAUCCACCCAGAAACCCCCCAACCCAAACCCAGCGUCCAGAAACCCAAAGAUGCAUCAUCUGCCCUGGCCUCUUUGAACUCCUCCCUGGACAUGGAUUUGGAGGGACUGGAAGAGUACUUCAGCACAUGAUUCUGAGGUGGUUUAACAACCCUUUUUAAAGCCUCUUUGUUGAACUUCCAUCCCACUCCAAUCCAUACACACACAUUGAUUAGGAAAACAGGCUUUCAGGGAAAAGCAAAGACCUCCUCCAUAGUCUACUUUCACAGAAUGGAAAAGUUUCUUUUGAAAUUUGUCACAAGUAUAUUGUGACUUAAGUCCUUUUGUAGGAGAUCAAAAUCACCUCUGGACUGGUUAAAGUCCACAAGAAGCUCUUUAAUAAUUUGUAAUUUUUGACCCGGUCUUUUUCUGGACAAUUUGUGCUAGUAAAUAUUA